UGACCUUUGGUGACCUUUGACAGCCUGAUCAUGAUACCUACCCACCCUUUGACCUUCCUGACCCUGGGCAUGGUCCUAACUCAGAGUAGAUGUAUGCUUCCUGAGAGUCACCACUGGGAGGACUCUAAUGGCUCCCAACUGCAUCCCACCAUCCAGAAACUAAUGAAGGGAUAUAACCGGUACAUGAGGCCCAACUUCAAUGAGGGCCCUGUUGAGAUUGGGAUGAGUCUGGAUAUCGCCAGCAUUGAUGCCAUCUCAGAAAUCAAUAUGGACUACACAGCCACUAUCUUCCUGCGUCAGCGUUGGAGGGACUCCCGACUGGUGUUCCCAGGGAAUGAGAGUGUGAGUGUGGAUGGACGACUAGUCUCCCUCCUCUGGAUCCCAGACACCUUCAUUCCAGACUCCAAACGCUCCUUCCUGCAUGACGUCACCGUGGAGAACCGUCUCAUACGGAUCUUCAGCAACGGGACCGUUCUCUAUGCUCUACGAAUAACAGCGACCAUCGCCUGCAACAUGGACCUGACCAAGUACCCAAUGGACAGACAGGUGUGCACCCUGCAGCUGGAGAGCUGGGGCUACAACCUACAGGAUGUAAUAUUCUACUGGACUAGAGGGCACGACUCAGUGAAGGGUCUGGACACACUGCGCCUUGCCCAGUACAGUGUUGAGAGUUACUACACAUCUAUUUCUGAGGCUGUCUAUGAGACAGGGCAGUACCCGAAGCUGGUGCUCCACUUUGCUCUGCGCAGGAACGUGUUGUUCUUUAUCCUGGAGACAUAUGCCCCUUCUACUCUGUUGGUGGUGCUCUCCUGGGUCUCCUUCUGGAUCAGCCAAUCAUCUGUCCCUGCACGCACCUGCAUCGGUGUGACCACAGUACUGACGAUGACUACUCUCAUGAUGGGUGCCCGUACCUCUCUCCCCAACGCCAACUGUUCCAUCAAGGCCAUAGACGUGUACCUGGGCAUCUGUUUCACCUUCAUCUUUGGGGCGCUGCUGGAGUACGCCUGCGCCCACUUCUGUACCGUGCAGCACCAAACCGUAGGAGACAUACACAGGGAGCUCCUUCAGGAGUUUGAUGACUCCAGCGGAAACGGUACCAUGCCCGUGGUCAGCUCCAGCCAACCAAAUCAGGUCCUGGAGCUAGGCUCCACCCAAAAGGAUCUUGUUGACCAAUCGGGGACGAGUGUCAGCGAGGCUGAGGCUACAGAGAAGAAGCCGGAGAAAUGGUGGCCUGACGCCGUUGAAGAAAUGGCGCGGCGUGCAUUGUCUGUGUUUAGCGUAGAGAACCCUCACAACAUCGACCGCCAUGCUCGCACCAUGUUCCCCCUCACCUUCCUGGCAGUUAAUGUCUUCUACUGGCUCUACUAUCUCUUCAUCUGAUCUGAGUAGCACACAUCCCAUCAUCUGAUCUGAUCUGAGUAGCACACAUCUCUGAUCUGAUCUGGGUAGCACACAUCCCAUCAUCUGAUAUGAUCUGACCAGUACACAUCUCUGAUCUGAUCUGGGUAGCACACAUCUCUUCAUCUGAUCUGAUCUGAGUAGCACACAUCUCUUCAUCUGAUCUGAUCUGAGUAGCACACAUCUCUUCAUCUGAUCUGACUAGCACACAUCCCAUCAUCUGAUCUGAGUAGCACACAUCUCUUCAUCUGAUCUGAGUAGCACACAUCAAAUCAUCUGAUAUGAUCUGACCAGUACACAUUUCUUCAUCUGAUCUGAGUAGCACACAUCUCUUCAUCUGAUCUGAGUAGCACACAUCCCAUCAUCUGAUCUGAUCUGAGUAGUACACAUCUCUUCAUCUGAUCUGAUCUGAGUAGCACACAUCUCUUCAUCUGAUC